CGACCGCCGCCGCCGCCGCAUUCCCCGCAGGCCGCAGCAUCAGCCAUCCUUCAUCAUCCUCAGUUUUUGGCGUCGUGUGCUGAUGGGCGUGGAACCGGCGCAAGCGACCCCCGUCGCGGCCGCGGCGACCACCGCGGAGCAGGCUCAGGAUCUCAUCGACGCCGCUAGGUACGAUGACUUGGAGGAUGUAGUCGCCCUCUUCUCAGCUGGCGUUUCACUGGACUCAACAGAUUCGCAAGGACGGACAGCUCUUCAUAUGGCUUCUGCCAAUGGCCAUCUUGCUGUGGUGGAAUACUUGAUUCAAAAUGGAGCGAAUGUUAAUGCCACCAACUUGGAGAAGAACACACCCCUCCACUGGGCAUGCCUCAAUGGACAUAUAGAGGUAAUCAAGGCUUUGAUAUCUGCUGGCGCUAGUGUGAGUGCUCUGAACAGCCAUGAGAAAACUCCAAUGGAUGAAGCAGUGACCAAGGGCAAGAUGGAUGUGAUCGAUGCAAUCGGUGCAGCAGUAGCUCAGGCCGAGCUUGAUGGUGUUACUGUCUCCUAAAAGGACGUGAUGAAUACCUAGAGCUAUGAGUGACUUUCAACAUUGUUCUUCUCUCAGUGAUCCUGUCUCUGUUAUUAGUGAUCCUGAUGGGCUAGUAUCUGGGCAAUAUGGUAACUUAGCCUAUUCCAUGAGUUGGAAUUAUCAUCUGUGUCGGCAAUCGCCUGUUAGUGUCAGUGACAUGAGACCGUGGAAGGCGAAUUUGUCGUUAUAAACCAAUGUGUAGAUGUCAAAGAUAUGGAUUUUGUCCUAUAAUGUUGUGAGAGCCUUGCUUGUUCUGCUGGGCUACCUCUCUGUUUUUCCUUGGAGUUCCCUUGGGUCCAGUUGAAAUGAAACGGAAUUCGCACCUCC